AUGGCAGACGUCAAAUGGCGAGAAGUGUUGCAUUCGUACGUCGCCAAUUGCAUUGCACUUGACAAACCAGCCAGCGUCCAGUCAUUUAUCCUUGAAGAAAAAGACUUUAUCUUGAAGCACGUCCAGAAGGGAGAAAGGAUUCAAGCCGUAUUACCAAAGCGACUUAAAACCAUCACGCAAGAGUUGAACGUUACGCUGGAAAAGUCAAAUGUUGACUGGGGCCGACUUGCUCUCGAGAUCCUCGAAUACAAAUGCGAUCCACCCAUCCUCUCGGAGCACACUGAGACUUUGAGCAAUACCGAAAGCGGCAGCGGCAGCAGUAGCAGCAGCAAAAGCCAAUCCAUUGCAUCAUCAGCAUCCGGUUAUAGAAUGACAUCAAACGACCUUGAAGCUCUUGCAAUGAUGUACAACAGCCUUGAUCAAGACCAAAUGUGGAUGUUGAAGAGUGGUCGUCGUGUGGAAGAUGUUUUAUACGAGAGAGCCAAAGCAACCACAUUAGAAAGUCCUUGGCAUUCGAUGAUCAUUGACCCCACUGACCAAGGUCUUGCUGGUUGGUUCACUGCGGAGGAGUUGGAAGAGAUUCAAGAAACCGAUACACCAGCCCUAAUACAGAUGCCUGAAGACAUGCAAUCAUUCCUCGAUUCAUUCGUUGGCAAGCAAACGCUCCAUGAACUUCGGCGCCAAAAUGAUGAUUUCAAGUUUGAUCGCCGAAAGGAAGCAGAUUUAUAUUGGAUGCAAAAAUCAAUCACCUCAGCAUUGGACCUCUAUGAAUACAAUUUCUUCCAAGACCUUUCCAGCCUAUCAGAAAAUGAUCUCGUGAGGAACGUGUGGGCGUUCAUUGAGAGAUGCUUCGAUCCAAGUCCUAUCAAAGUAUCAGGCGGGGAAAUCACAAGCCAAGCAUCGACUGAGCGAAAGAAUGGAGCGAAAUCAGACGCAGAGCGCACAAGAAAGCAAAUGGGCACAAGGAUAGAUCUUCUCUUUAAGGCGAAUCUUUUGGAAUUUGGUGUCGCCGAGUUUGGUCGAAGCAGUGAUACCCUCAGCAUGAAGAACGCACGUGAAGUAUCGUUGAAAUGUCCAAAGACUAUGAAGGAUAUGCUUAUCAAGCUUGAAAAACGUUGUCCCAACAAGCUCAAUCAACUCAAAAUACAAGGGAUGGCCAUUGCCGGACUCAACCUGAACUUGCUGUCAAUGGAUUGUCCAAGAGGUUACAUCUGCCGCAUCUUACCGCUCGGAUGGCAACAAUACCCGAUGUCGGUUGAAGAAUUCAUAUCAUUGAUCAUCCCUAUUUUUGCAAGCGUAUACCAUGCCAAGAAGACGAUGGAGCAAGUACGUAUGGACAUCAUUAGCGACCAAUCAAGGAGGACAACCAGCUUUGGCAAGAAAUCGACGACGAGAUUAUCACCAUCCUUUACUCCUGUUCCUGUACCAAGAAAACGCAAGGCGUCUAAUUCUAUGUAA